AUGGGACCUGUACAAACAGAAGAGCCUAAUUUUAUACACGCCGGGGGUAAUCUCCUUGUAGAGAUCGACGACACUCUGAGCGGCGAUAUAUGGCCGGAUCAUUUUCAUGAUUAUUCUCCAUUUCAACCGGACCUGACUCUAGCCACCAACAACGCUGAAAUGCACCUGGACCAAAGCGCAACUUUUCAAUACCUCGUUCCUUUUGAUAUGGGUGAAAUAUUUCCUUUCUUAGAAGAAGGAAAAGACAGGACUAGCGCCGAUUCUCUGGUACGAAACUCGACUAUAAACAUCCUUAUUGAUACGACGAGCGAAGCAUUGAAGCGUUCAGUCUGGAAUUGGGUUCCCAAAGCCGAGGAGAACUCAUUUAGCAAUGACACCGAGAUGAACUGUUGCAACGAACGUGCCAUAUCAAGUUCAGAAGCGACAAAGAAAGUAGAAUAUAGACUAUCGAAUCCCGUGCCUUUUAUCCGGGAAAAUUCGACCCGUGAUCGGCUCUAUUCUCUAAUCUUAAAGCAUUCCGAGUCUUGGCAAGAUCUUUCGAAGUUCCCCUCGUUAAAUGUCUUACAGGUUCCCAUGCAAUCUUAUUUUGCAAUGGAGUUAGAAAAUCCCUUUGCUUGCAUUCACCAGGCUUCCUUUGACCCCGAUCAAAGCCUCCCAGAACUUGUGCUGGCUGUCAUAGCCGCUGGCGCGGUUACUAACCCCAUUGUGAGCCUUCAAAAACUGGGGCAUGCAUUACAUGAUAAGACUAGGAUGGCUAUCGUGGCAGCUAUGGAUAGAGACAGCAGUCUAAUUCGAAAUCUGCAAAUGAGUCAGACUCUGCUGCAUUGGAUAGAGUUUGCCAUGACAAGUGGCUGCCGUCGGAAAAUGGAGAUUGCAGAAGCCUUAUCUAACAACACAAUAACGAUUGUGCGUCGUGCGGGCGCAACUAAUGCUACUUUUUACGCACGCAUACCGCAGCCACUUCAGAGUGACCAUGGUGAACAAUUGAGGGCGAAAUGGCUGGCGUGGGCAGAGAUGGAGUCAUAUAAAAGGCUUGUCCUCCGGGCGCUCGUAGGCGACAUUCAGAGCUCAAUUACUUUCAUUAGGCCUCCGAGUUUCUCCCUUACUGAAAUCGCCAUCUAUCUUCCUGCUAGUAAAGAACUAUGGCAGGCCCAGGGGGAGGUUGAAUGGAGAAAUCUUUACCAGCAACGACCCAUAACACGCAAUUUGACCUUUCAAGAUAUCAGUGCAGAUAUUGGUAUGCUUGGGUGCCAAGGCAGCGUUUACGAUGUUCAGCUUUGCACUCUCGCGGUCCUGUAUGCUCAAUGGAUACGGAUAUGGUCUCUUUCCGACGCUAGAGCCUUUCACCUUCGAAACAAAACCACGCCUAAGCGCACCCACUGUUUACUUUCGAUCGACGCCCAGCAAAAAGAUAUGUAUGAGACACUCAAACAGAUAAAAGAACAGCUGGUGGACCUUGACGCUUUUUCCACAGAAGCCGAAAUAGUAUUCGAGUUUCUUAUGAUGUCGAUUCAUGUCUCACUUCGCGAAAUUCAGUGUUUGAGUGGUAGAUUUGGGCCAGAGGAGGCGAACAAUAGCCUUCGAACUAUGGAGGAUUGGUUUGGAGGGGAUACCCGGAAUCAUGCUGUAUGGCAUGCUGGACAAGUAUUGAGAGCUUCUCAAUCUGCUCCAUCUUCCAAGCUACAUGUAGCCCAUUCCCUUCUCAUCUACCACGCCUGUCUCACUCUAUGGGUCGCCGCUGUUUCUGAAUCGAGUCCUGUUGUCUCUUUGUCUGCGUCUUCUUCCGUCAACCAAUCGACGAAUGCAUCCUCGAGCAUGUUGGACAGUGCUCCUUUGAUAAUUUUGAACGGGAAUGAAACAACAGAAGUAAAGCGAUACCUACAAACUGGUCAAGGAACUCUUGCCUUAAAAAUCGCGGGAGAAGUGGGUUUGAUAUCUAAUUGCUCGGUUAUUCCUGAUGCCAUGAGCUAUAUUUUUGGAAAGGAUGAUAUGCCUGCAGUCCCCCCACUGAUUGAGAAGCUAAUUGCACUCAUGCGAGAUCUCAGCCGUCCUCUCUCAAACCUGGUUGUUUAA